GGCCGGGCCCGCGGUGGCCGGCGGCUGGGAGCGGCGAGGCGGCGGCGGCCGGCGAGGCCCGGGAGGUGGUGGCCGAGGCCCAGGCAGCGGCGGCGGCCCAGGAGGCGGCGGACGGGGAGCAGGCCCGGCCUGGCCCUCGAGCGGCCUCCUGGCUGCAGCAUGCGCGUCCGCCGGGGGCUGCUGCGGCUGCCGCGCCGCUCGCUGCUCGCCGCGCUCUUCUUCUUCUCGCUGUCGUCCUCGCUGCUCUACUUCGUCUAUGUGGCGCCCGGCAUAGUGAACACCUACCUCUUCAUGAUGCAAGCGCAAGGUAUUCUGAUCCGGGACAACAUGAGAACAAUAGGUGCUCAGGUGUAUGAGCAGGUGGUUCGGAGUGCUUAUGCCAAGAGGAAUAGCAGCGUUAAUGACUCAGAUUAUCCUCUUGACUUGAACCACAGCGAAACCUUCCUUCAAACCACAACUUUUCUUCCUGAAGAUUUCACCUACUUUGCAAAUCAUACUUGCCCUGAAAGGCUCCCUUCCAUGAAGGGCCCAAUAGACAUAAACAUGAGUGAAAUUGGAAUGGAUGACAUUCAUGAACUCUUCUCCAAAGACCCAGCCAUCAAGCUCGGAGGUCACUGGAAGCCUUCGGAUUGCAUGCCUCGAUGGAAGGUGGCAAUCCUUAUCCCCUUCCGGAACCGCCAUGAGCACCUCCCAGUCCUGCUCAGACACCUGAUUCCCAUGCUUCAACGCCAGCGCCUGUGGUUUGCAUUUUAUGUGGUUGAACAAGUUGGCACCCAACCCUUUAAUCGAGCCAUGCUUUUCAACGUCGGUUUUCAAGAAGCAAUGAAGGACUUGGACUGGGACUGUCUUAUUUUUCAUGACGUGGAUCAUAUACCAGAAAAUGAUCGUAACUACUAUGGGUGUGGACAGAUGCCAAGGCACUUUGCGACUAAAUUGGACAAGUAUAUGUAUCUGCUUCCUUAUACCGAGUUCUUCGGUGGAGUGAGCGGCUUAACAGUGGAACAGUUUCAGAAAAUUAAUGGCUUUCCCAAUGCUUUCUGGGGUUGGGGUGGAGAAGAUGACGACCUGUGGAACAGAGUACAGAAUGCAGGCUAUUCCGUGAGCCGGCCGGAAGGUGACACAGGGAAGUACAAGUCCAUUCCUCAUCACCAUCGAGGAGAAGUCCAGUUUCUGGGAAGGUAUGCUCUGCUGAGGAAGUCCAAAGAACGGCAAGGGCUGGAUGGCCUCAACAACUUGAACUACUUUGCAAACAUCACAUACGACGCCUUGUAUAAAAACAUUACUGUCAACUUGACACCCGAGCUGGCUCAGGUGACCGAGUACUGAGCUGAGGAGAAAACACGGCGUUCGCUGUACCCACCACCACCAGGAAAGCAGCCUGAUGAGAGGUCUCGGCACUCCACACGGGAAGAGAACAGAAAUACAGCACCUAAUGAAGGGUCACAUGGCUCGAGGAAAAACUGUGAACAGAGCAGACGCACAAAACGCCUCCACCGGGUGGACCCCCUGGGACUGAGGGAGAAAGCUGGCAACUUCCCUCGUCUCUUCACAAGACAGACGCCUGUCCUGCUGCUCGGCUCCCCGUCUCCUCCCCCGCGUCCCAUCUUAGCCACAAUCUGCAGAACCAGAAUUGUGGUCUGCCACGGUCCCGCCUCGGAGCCUGCCCUGUGAAUGGCCUUUGGAGCCCUUGGGCCUCGAAGGCCAAGAGGCGAACCCACCACAGGGCAGCUGCGUUUCAGGAGGAGUAAAUGAAACUCCGCACACCAUUCUUCUCCAUCUCUGGUGUUCUCUUUGGUUUCAUUUUUUAAAUAAAAUUUACCUGCUUUGGGUGGGGGUUGAGGGUGGCAGGGAGGGGUUGGGAAGAUAAAUAGACAUAUAACAAUCACUUCUUGAAGAAGUAUAACUGUAAAUAAGCCGUGUAAAAUGCCUUUUUUAAAUUUAAUUUUAUAGCUGGCUCUAAUUCAAACUGAGGAUUUAUACAUUAGAUCACUAUUUGGUUGGCAAAUGUGGGAACUCGGUUAAAAUGCAGUGGAAGAAUAUCAUCUCCUAAAUUGCUGUCACUUUGGAAGAGAGUGGAUAUAAGGCAUGUCACAAAAAGAACAAAACAGGCCCAUCUUUAUCACUGGAAGCUAAUCUCUUCUGCCCCCUCCCAUCCCUCUCUUCCAAAAGUCUUGCUUUUGACUUUUGCUCUGGAUUCCCUCUUUCCUGGUGGGCACGGAGACUGAACCCAGUCUCUUGCUAAACAGGAGUCUGCUGUUUCAGAGCAGGCCGCUCUCCCUGCUCAAAGCAGAUUCAGGGUCUCACUGUGCAUGCGCGCGCACACGCACACACACACACACACACACACACUCACACACACACACACACACACACUCUCUCUUCAUCAUUUAGAAGGGAAGGGGUUUGGGCCUCUGCUUUCAUCCUUCUCUCUUUCUCUUCUGAAACGUGGCCCAAUUUCUGAACUCUGUGCCUAAAUUACCAACAGUCUUCAGUGAUGCCUCUGAAUAUUUCCCUUUUUGGUUUCUGGAAAAGUUUUUUUGUUGAUAUUAGCUAUUAGCUAGUACAUAGAACUAAUGAGCAAUUGAAUUAAUGAAGGAUUCGGUCAGGGAGCAGGAGAUACCGAUGUGCUGUGGGUCAGCUGGAAUCCAGGUUAGAGCAAAUCAGAGCUUUGAAAUCAGACUAACAGCUUCAGGAUGGGAGAGCCCAAGUGCUCUGUUCACACUCCUGUUCUUUUCGAAGUCACAGUCUAGAUUGCAUUUGAGUUUGUGCCUCUGUUUUCCAUGAGCCAAAUCCCUCAAGUCAUAGUCCCUGUUGUAUUCUGAAUUCGGAAAUGCCAGUUUUUUCCCCUCCUUUUCCAUAAGACAUAUUUAUAUAUUGUGAUGAAGAGUACUUUGUAAAGAGUACUUCGUAUUUUUUUUAAUUGCCUUCUUUGCCUCAACUUCCUUAAUUUUCAUGGUUUACAUGGACGAUGUAUGUGUAGGGGGUAUAUUUGUAUAUAUAUGUGUGGGUUGGGGUCUUUUCCAUUGCAUAUGUUGGUUUCGUGGACAUAUGAUCCCCACAGGCUGUGGGAGUGAUUGGCCAGGCCUUGUUUAUUGUUCAUGUUUUCGUUCUUUUAAAGAAUACAGUGGUAUGUAGAAAAUAAACUGCAUCGCAGAGCUCUUAUCAGCUUGUAUGAGAGAGCAGGCUCCUGCCCUUGAAAAUGCUGGUAAGUUGUAUCAUAUGUUUUAAAAGAAUUUUGAGCAUUUCAUGCUUUGAAAGAUCUUUAUGAGGGAACAUUACACACAGAAAUUCGUUUGAUUUUCCUUUGAAUUAUGGUGCCUACAGCAGUUAAGAUUUCUUUCUCCUUGCCUCCCCCCACACCCUCAGGCCUCUAGCCGGCCUUGGCCUCUGUCACUGAAGGCUGUGAGCUGCUUUCGGUAUGACAGAACUUUGAUGUCAUUUGGAAGAAUUUGCCGAAAAGACUGAUUCUUGGUUAAAGAUGAUCUGUGCAUUUUGAGAAGUAAAAAAAAAAAAAAAAAAAAAAAGAUCUGUGCAUACAUGGCAGUGUUGUAAAAUAAUCUUGUUUGCAGCUUUUUCAUAACAUAUUUACCACCAAGAACAAAAUGUUGACAAAAGGCUGACACCUGAUUUAAAAACAAAUGCUAAUUUGAUGACAAAAGGAAAAGGUUUUUUUCACUGCUCAAGUAAGGCCACUAUUUUAUAAUCACAUGUACUUUUGGUUUUAUUAGUGUAAAACCUCUUUGCACUGUUAGUAGUCAGUUAGCCACCAAGUUGAGUAUUGUAUGGGAAACAGAAGUUUAAAACAUACCGCCAGGCCCAAGUGCUGUUAAUGGUGUGAAAUUCUCAUGUUAAGAAAAAAAGAACAAUAAGAUCCAAAUAUGAUCUUGUGCUAAUUUUGGCCGCUGACAUUCUUUCAGGCUGCUGAUGGGUGACUCCUUAAGUGGCCUUGCCUGUGAUGGCUGUGGCAGGGAAAGGUUUCUCCUUCCACACUGUUCUAUUUUGGGGGUUAGGGAGGGGUCAUUAUUUGCAAAAUCAUUUUGACAUUAAGGGACUCUUACAUUAGAGCUCCUCUACCACAGACAUUAAUAGCUGUACAACAUUCACCUGUACUGAUUGUAUCCACUCACCGGUGACGAUGGCAUUGAACGUAGCUAGCUUAUUUCCAUCACUACGUUUUUGUUUUUGUUUUUGAGCUUGCUCUUAUGUUUUAAGAGGUGUCAGGGGUACAUUUUUGCACUGAAAUCUAAAGAUGUUUUAAAAAACACUUUUCACAAAAAUAGUCCUUUGUCAUUACAUUAUUUACUCAUGUGUUUGUACAUUUUUGUAUGUUAAUUUAUGAAUGAUUUUUUCAGUAAAAAAUACAUAUCCCAAGAACCAAA